AGAGAGAGAGAGAGAGAACAAUCUAAUUAAACAAGGAGACGCAAGUCUCAGCUGUGCUCUGCUAACUGAAUAUAUACACAAACCCAAAAAAAAAAAGAAGAAAGUUUCCCAUCAAUAAUAUGUAUAUAUAUUCAGCCAUGCGAGACAUUGCUGAGAUCCUGUGCGGUUGGGUCUUUUGUCUCUUAGUGUUUUACUUGGUAUACGUUAAGGUUGUCCCCUCUAAGCGGGGCAUGCCGAGGUCGUACCCGCUCACCGGCCACCUCUUUUCCAUGCUCAAACACCGCAACACCAUCCUCGACUGGACGGCCGAUGUCCUCCGCAUGUCACCCACGUCAACGUUCACCCUCCGCUUCCCCUUCGGCCGCGCCAGGCUCUUGACCGCCAACCCCAAGAACAUUCAGCACAUCAUGAAGGUCAAGUUCAAGGACUACCCGAAGUCGCGAAACUUCGAGGACUCCUUCCUCGACCUCUUCGGCGGGAGCAUUUUUCUCGCCGACGGGGAGAACUGGAAGAGGCAGAGGAUGCUUAACGGCGCCGAGUUCCACGCGAAGGGUUUCCUCACCUUCAUCAAGUCCAUCACCCAGGAGGAGCUCUCAGAGAGGAUGUUCCCACUCCUCUCUGGCGCGGCCCAGGGUGACAGGGUGUUGGACUUUCAAGAUGUCAUGCGCCGGUUCACCUUCGACGUGGUGGCGAGGCUCGCCCUCGGACACGACCUCGCCUACCUCUUGCCGUCGUUCCCGGAGACGGAAUUCGGGGACGCGUUCGACGACGCCAUCGAAAUAUGCUGGAAGCGGUGCCUCUCUCCGUUCAUGACCGUUUGGCGCACCCAGAAGCUUCUUGACUUGGGGUCCGAGUGGCGGCUCCAACGGGCCGUGGCUGUGGUUCGAAGACUCAUCCGUAAGCUAAUCAGAGAAAGGAAGGAGUUCGGAGACGACUUCUUGUCGAGGCUGAUGAGCAAGAAUAUAACAGACGAGACGUUCCUGAUUGACACCGCCAUUGCGAUCGUUCUAGGCGGCGUUGACACCAUGGUCUCCGCCUUCACGUGGCUGUUCUGGAUCAUCGCCCGCCACCCCGAGGCAGAAGCGAAGAUUCUCAAAGAGAUAGAAGAUUACGACGCCGGGAAAAUCGAAGAGCUGGUAUACACUCACGCCGCCGUCGCCGAGAGUAUGAGGCUCAACCCGCCGGUGCCACUGGAGGGAAAACAGGCUAGAGUUGACGAUGUGUGGCCCGACGGGACAAGGGUGCAGAAAGGGAUGGGAAUCAUAUGCCACACCUACGCGGUGGGCCGGUCGGCGGCGGUGUGGGGACCCGACUGGGCGGAGUUCAAGCCGGAGAGAUGGUUGAAGAAAGUCGACGGCGCCGGCCCCGGGGAGGAGCGGUGGAGUUUCGCGGCGAGGGAUGCUUUCACUUACCCCGUGUUUCAGGCCGGGCCGAGGAUAUGUUUAGGGAAAGACAUCGCGUUCAUUCAGCUGAAGAUGGUGGCCGCAGCUGUCUUGCGGCGUUUCCGGGUGGUGGACGCCGCCGGCGGCUUGCCGCUCUGUGAAUCCUAUAUCAGCUGCAGGAUGAAAGAUGGGUUUCCCGUACGCAUUGUGGAGCGUAGCACAGCCGAUAAAAAUGGAGGGUUUGCAUAACUUCAAACUUCAAACCAUAUUCGUAAAAAUUAUAAAAGUUCUUCUAUAAUUAUUAUCUCGUUAUUGUGUUUCUUUAAAAUGUGUUCAUGUGUUUAAAAUAUAGUUGCACUGUUCGAAAAAUUUCAGUUUUUAUAUUAUCCACGGGUACUACUUGUUGGAAUAAAUCCUUUUAUACGUAUCGAAUAAAUGUUGUUUCAAAGACGUGAUUAAAGAAGAGAAAGAUUAAAACAUAAUGACUUUCCCAAUAUAGGAUCAUAUGUUUU